GUGAUCCCAGUUCCCACGUGCCGGCUCAAGUUCGACGUCCGCUGUUUGUUGUUCUUUGCGCAAAUGUUGACAGCUGGCGCAAAGCGAAGCGUCCACUCACUAGGAAUUGCUCCAUUUCAAGAGGACGCUGCCUUUCGGGCUCGAGUGACCUCUUUGAAUGACUUCUUCACGCAGAAACGCUUCUCUGGUAUCAGGCGACCCUAUACUGUGGCAGACGUUGCCACCAAACAGGGUAGCCUGCCCGUGCACCCCCCGGUGUCAGCUGUUUUGGCGGAUAAACUAUUCACACUGUUGACCAAGGCUGAAGAAGAAAAGCUCCCCUUACAUACCUUGGGGGCAAUUGAUCCCGUCCAAAUGACCCAAAUGGCGAAGCAUCAGGAAGUGUUGUAUGUUAGCGGCUGGGCUAGUUCCAGUGUCCUCACGACCGCCAACAACGAAGUUGGCCCUGACCUAGCUGAUUAUCCCUACACCACAGUGCCAAACCAGGUGCAUCGACUUUUCCGUGCACAGCAGCUACAUGAUAGGAAGCACUAUGAUGAAAGGAUGUCAGCGACCCCAGAAGCCCGAGAACAAUUGGAAUAUAUCGAUUACAUGCGUCCAAUCAUUGCGGAUGCUGACACUGGACAUGGUGGCCUGUCGUCGGUCAUGAAAUUGGUUAAACUCUUCGUCGAGUCUGGGGCUGCGGCGAUUCAUCUUGAGGAUCAGUUUCACGGUGGAAAGAAAUGUGGCCAUCAAGCUGGGAAAAUUCUCGUUCCAACGUCCCAACACAUCAGUCGACUCAUUGCGUCUCGAUUCCAAACUGACAUGCUUCUCUCGACCUUGCUGCUUAUCGCCCGAACCGACUCAGAAUCUGCUAAACUGAUAUCGUCAAAUAUUGAUGCUGCCGAUCACCAGUAUAUCCUAGGUACGACACAUACCGAUGCAAGCGGGAAAACAGGAUCAGAAAUUGAUGCACUCGAGAUCGAAUGGAUGGGACAACACCAGCUGUGCACAUUUGGUCAAGCCGUCGCUCAAGCAAUCGAGCGCUCGUCAAUAUCGGACAAGACCGGGGCUCUGGAUCGGUACACUUCUCUGGCAGAUGGGCAGUCUAACUCAGAGGCGCGAGCGAUUGCUCGCGACAUACUUGGGGAAGAUAUUCAGUGGAACUGGGACUUACCGCGUACUCGUGAAGGUUAUUACCACUUUGAGGGCGGCAUGGAGGCUGCUAUUGCGCGUGUUCUUGCAUAUGCUCCCUAUUCUGAUUUACUAUGGCUUGAGACGAAGAAGCCGGAUCUGGAGCAGGCUCGUUCGUUUGCACGGCGGAUUCGUGCCAAGUAUCCUGGGAAGUGGCUUGUUUAUAACUUGAGCCCAAGCUUUAAUUGGUCCGCUCAUGGGUAUAGCAAUGUGGAUUUGAAGAACUUUGUAUGGGAACUCGCCAGAGAAGGUUUCGUCCUUCAGCUCAUCUCGCUUGCUGGACUGCACAGCACGGCCGUGACGACUGCCGAGCUUGCUCAACAGUACAAAACUGACGGCAUGUUAGCCUACGUGGAACUCAUUCAAAGGAAAGAGAAGGAGAUUGGUUGCGACGUUCUUACGCAUCAGAAAUGGAGCGGCGCCAACUACAUUGACAGAAUUCUUACAACCAUUUCAUCGGGUUCAUCUAGCACGUCGGCAGUAGGGAAGGACUCCACGGAGCAUACCUUCUGAAAACGCAUCCCCUUUCUCCCAGCCACGGGCGACCACCCGUACUCUCCAGUCCAAAUUUAUAUAUCUUCGUUUGACCGCCUUGAGCCUUGCUUCGGUUAGGCACAAGUGUCAAAUUCUUCAUAUGACCCAUGCAUCCAAACCACAUCACAACCAAGGUGACCAAAAUUGUUGUACAAAAACAAUGGACGAAAGACUGGAGUCAUCUGUGUAUCUGUUUUUCCAAAAACAAAUUUCCAGUGUGCAACUUCCGUGGUGUCGUCGUGUGAUGCAUGGUUUCCCAUUCUGACAGUACAAGCCCUACUGACACGAAUGAAGUAGUUGAAUGAUGACAGCCGUU